UCAUUCAACACGUGCUACUCCGCCAUCAGUUGCGGUUCCCCUUGCCUUGCCACCGCUUGCCACCCAGCUCGACCUCGCAGAUGCCCGCAGAAGCCACUCGUCGCUCACACGAGCUGAGAUACUCUCAGGAUACUCUUUGCAUCAGCAGAACAGAAAAUUCUUAAGCAUAGAAUACAAAAUGGUUGAAAUACAUAUUUAUUCUGAGCUACCAAAUCCUAGUAGUAGUAUAAUUAGUGGAAUCGGCGGAACGAGAAGCAUGACACGACAUUUCUUUUUACAGAUAUCAUAAUUUCUUCAAAAUAGAUACGUUUUUGAAUUAUAUAAUUCUAUUCGUAAUAAUGAUUCCCGAAAAGAUCCUCUCAGAAAGAGGAUGAAAUUAUAACCUCGUACGCUUUAUGUCAAAUGAACAUUUUCUUAGUAUUCACUCAUUAUUAGAUAAACGUAAAGUUUAUUAUAAGCUUGCUAUCAAUAUUCUAUAUAAUUUUAUAAAUAAUUUUUCUGACGAUAUAUUUAUGCUUUGACAUAACUACUUUUUUACGUUCCAUCAUUUUAUUAUGUUUGUAUGUUAAGUUUGGAUCAUAGUUUGAUAUGGUUGGUAGAACGUGUUCCGGUUUGAGACCCCCUCUUCGAGCCUUGGAUUCCGUCGGGAACUGGGAGGUUGUGCUAGUGUGUAGUUGUGUUUGUAGAGUAAGAAGUUCCUACACGUUAUUUUUAUAAUAUUGAAAAAGUACCCACACCACCACCCAAAUGUCCGUGGACAAGGAAGAAUUGGUGCAGCGGGCGAAGCUGGCGGAGCAGGCCGAAAGGUAUGACGACAUGGCGGCCGCGAUGAAGGCCGUCACGGAGACGGGCGUGGAGCUGUCAAAUGAGGAGCGCAACCUUUUAUCCGUCGCCUACAAGAAUGUGGUGGGCGCUCGCCGCUCCUCCUGGCGUGUCAUCUCUUCAAUCGAACAAAAAACAGAAGGAUCAGAGAGGAAGCAACAAAUGGCCAAAGAAUACAGAGAAAAGGUUGAGAAAGAACUCAGAGAAAUCUGUUACGAUGUUUUGGGUCUUUUAGACAAAUACCUGAUCCCCAAAGCAAGUAAUGCUGAGAGCAAAGUAUUCUAUUUGAAAAUGAAGGGAGAUUACUACAGGUACCUGGCGGAGGUCGCCACAGGAGAAACGAGAAAUACCGUAGUGGAUGAUUCGCAGAAGGCCUACCAAGAUGCGUUUGAAAUUAGCAAGGCCAAAAUGCAGCCCACUCAUCCCAUCAGGCUUGGCCUGGCUCUUAAUUUCUCCGUCUUCUAUUAUGAAAUCCUCAAUUCGCCAGACAAAGCGUGUCAGUUGGCGAAACAGGCAUUUGAUGAUGCCAUUGCGGAGCUGGACACCUUGAAUGAGGACAGCUACAAAGACUCCACCCUCAUCAUGCAACUGCUGAGGGAUAACCUGACGUUGUGGACCUCGGACACGCAAGGGGAUGGAGACGAGCCACAAGAGGGUGGCGACAACUGAUGUGCCAGCCCUCUCCUUACCCUGCGCGAAGUCCCCCAAUCCAUGUGUUUCUAUCAAAACCACAGUGUCCUGUCUGCCCUUUUCCUAAAUUUCCUGUGUCCCUUGCUGUUUCUUUCUCCCUCUGUUGUCCCUCCUCUCCCAGCUCCUUGUCCCUCCUCUGCCUCACUUUCUCUCGGUCAAGUCGGUAUAAUAUAUAUAUUAUAAUUAUAAGGAAAAUUCACAUACACAUCUACACACAUGCAAACACGAGUAAACAAACUUUUGAGUCUGCAUAUUGAAUACAGAAGGUUGGUUCACGGUAUGAAAUUUUGAACUGAACCUUUCUAUUAAGGCUUCCUUAUCUUUUUAUUUCUGAAAGAAAGAAAAAAUGCUAGCAGUUUCAGCAUGCAAGUGUCUUUUUUAAUAACAGUUGUAAGUUUCUAGCGAAAAGCAGCAUCAGAAAAAGCAUCCUAGUGUAAUCCAGUACCAGCGGCAUUGUUAUUGGUUGGUCAGAAAUAGGCUAUUGUUAUGAACGUUGGAAAUCAGUACAUAAUUGGUAUUAUGGAAAGCAGAAUUAUUAAUGUUGAUUUUCCAAAAAGUUUAUUAUUGUAUCAAUAUUUAUAAAACCUGAAUUUUCUGCCAGCUCACCAAUCAGUUCGCUGUAGGUUGAAGUGCAUCCUAGUUGUGGACUAAAUCUAAUUUCCCGGACAGAUUUACCUGCAGAUCACUACUCAAUUGGAGGAGUGCAGUUGUAAUUUGUAUGUACUUUUUGUCUUGAUUGUCAAGAAAUUUGUCGUAUUUCUGAAUCCCGUACUGUAAAAAAAAAGAUAAACUCACAGUGUUUUAUUAUUGCAUUGAAACAAGCCAUUUACAGCCAAAUAAUUGAACGUCAUUGUGCAAAAUAAAUUCCUAAAUCAAAAUGCAGCCUAUUAUUUAUGCUGGGAUACAAGCACUUCCAGAUGCAUCUGUUGCAUGUACAUGGCACAGCCGGACGCACCACUUCCCUCUGGUUGGUCACAGCACGACACAAGCACUGGGAACCUUGGACACCCACCCUGCCCCUUUGUCGUCAAGUGUUGGCAUUAUGUUAGGUGUUGUAUGCCCACCUUGUGUACGUGUGUGGAAAGAGUGGGAUGGGGCAGAGGCUUUGCAGCUUGUCAGCUCAUGUCUCUUCCCUGUUGCUACGUGUCACAACUGUUCUGUUCAAAAUUUUGGGCUGGUAGGGACCUAACCUGGUCCUCUCCUUGCUCCUGCCGUGCUGUUGCAAGUGUGAGAUACAACAUUGUGACAUGACUGAGAGCGUACCUUUUUUGCUGUAUGCAGACCAUGGUAUUCAGUUGGCUGCAUUCAAGCAUUAGUCAAGGUGGACUGCUAAGAUGUGGUAGCUACACUGUAUGCUUAUACAAGACCUAGAUACUUGUAUCUGUUUAUCAGUAAAACUUACUGCUUUCCACUAAAAGUAAUCAUUCUUUGUAGUAGAUAUUUGCAUUACUUGUGUCAACAUCAAAAUCGUAACUUCCUAGCACCUACAUUGUUAAAUGAUUCUUUCCGUGUAUGUUCCCAAGUCCUAUAUGCUUAUGCAAUAUUGGGAUAAUACUGCUCGAAGAGUAGGUCACUUUUUUAUGGUGUUGAAACAUCUGUUCAGUCUCAUUGUGAAAUACCUAAAUUUUUAGUAUUUUCUUUAUUUGGACAAAUUCUUUACAAAUUUAAAUUGCUAAUGGAUGUGAACUUUAUAAAAAAAUGUGAUUCUAUUUUUGAUUUUGUACACUGUGAUGUGCCUUUGAAGCCAAGGCCUAAGUAUUUGCAGAGUUUGAUUAUUUAGCUUAAAACUCAGUUGUCUGGUUCAGGAACAGCCAGCUGAGUUAGCCCUGUGAGGCAGGGCGGCCACUUUCUUUGGAGAGUGGUGCUGCUGCUUUGUUCCUGAAGCAAAACAUGACCUUGCCCAUCCUUUCUCUCCUCCCCAUCACUUAAACAGUUUUACUUUUGGGCAAAUCUUCAAAAUCAUUUGUACAGCUGUCACCUGUUGACCAAACUUUGUUUAUGCAUUUUAAAUUGCCAUAACAUUUAUUAAAAACGAUUCGUAUUCAAUCCCCCCUUCAGAAAUGCAUCAGUGUAAUAUAUAAUUAAUGCUAAUCGUAGUUGAUGUUUAUACUUCGUAAAUUAAUACAUUACAAAGAGGUGGUGUUUGUAAAUAAAACUAUAAAAUCGAUCCUGAGAGCCUGAUUUUUUGAAGCAACUCCCACCCGUUGAACCCUACGGCCAGGGACAUCGUGAAGCGAGGCGAGAGGGAGCUGUGAUGUGAGGUCGGAGAGGCUGGGCGCCGGCGCCCUGGCGGCGAGGGUAGCGCGCCCCGGCGGUAUCGCAAGGUGUAUUGAUCAGCGAGCACCGGAAGCGCGCCCCCGGGAAAAAGCGGGGAUGUGUCCCAAAAUAAACGCCAGCCCACAGCUCGGCAACUCUUUGCCCGAUGGGUCGGGAGGGCCGCCGCUAGCAGAGCCCGCCCGCGCGCCCGCUUGCUGGGAGGAGCUCUCCUUGCCUCCUCCGCGCUUUUGAGUUGCCGCAAAUAGAGCAGCAAGGGAGGCAGAAGCUCUUUUGCCGCCCAGUCCCCCGGAACCACGUCCGUACUUCUCGUUUCCUCCGACCCGCCCGAUAUGCGUACGUUCGCUUUCCCCGCCCUUGCGCUGAAACUGGUGACGCAGCUGUCGGGGAAUGGGUAUUUUGGCGCUUGUGGGUCAAAGUACGCGCUAGACGCCAAGUGGAUGUCGUUCACUCUCGACUUCUUCCACUAGAACUACGUGAAAUAAGUCUGGAGGAGGAGAAUAAUCAAUAUUGUGAAAUGUUCACUAAAAUUUAAGGAAAAGAAUUAAUGUAUUUUCUAUUCCAUUUAUUGCUUGUGGCUUUGUUUUCGGAACUUGUUUUUUGUUCUAUGUUAUGUGAAUAACAUUUUCCGUGCAUACGUUCGUAGAAAACAUUUCGUAACACUGUUAGAGUCCUUAGUGCAAUUAAAUGAACUUAAAGCCAUUCUUAACGGCCUGUGUGUAAGAGCAAAUCAAAUGAGUUCUCAGAGUAAGUUAUGUUCCAAGAAAAGCAUAUAUUUAUAAAUAUUUUGUCUAAGGUGGUAGUACGUAAAUAUUGAGCCGAUAUCACAAAUAACGAAAUUGCUUAAAAAACCUCAAUACAAGCUUCAACCGCGUUACUUGUCUGUGAAAUAGUGUGAAGCUAUUUAGUCAACCGGAAUGUGUGAAAAAAUGUAAAUAGUAAUGCAUUGUCAUGUAAGGUUAAAUCGAGCUACUCCGGAGGAAACUUGUGGUUUUAUAAUGUUACUUGGAAAGCUACAAGAUUCUCGCAGGCGCGGCGUAAUUCCCGAAUUGACAUUCUGGCAGUUAAGUUACGUGUAACUAAACUACUGAUUCAAGUUUAACAAAUGUUUGCUUCCCAAAAUUGGUGUCACGUCAUGGGUCCAUUUGCUGUGUACACUGGCAAGUCUAGGUCUGAUGACAUGUAAAGCGGAUGUCGUGACGUAUGAGAUCUUAGUCACGAUGUUCUUAGUCAUUGGUUAUCUUAAGUUCAAAGAAAUGUGUGCUCAAUAUGGACUUAAGACCCGUGCUGCUAGUUCUGAAAUACGCUCGAAUUUCAUUGCCGUUCACGCCCAUGCACUUCGUGUCGGAACGUGGUUUCGCACUUCACCAGCUCUUAUUUUAUCAUUAGAAUUGGAUAAACUUUCUUUUCAGCGCGCCCAAAGAAGCACAAGGGACCUGUUGGAGAAGAGCUCAUAAAUCACCUAGUACUGACGUGGCACGACAGCAAAUUGAAUGUUAUGCGGUGUUAUUGUCAUAAGUAUGGAUUUCUUUUUACAUUGACGAGGUCCACUAACUGUGGUUCCAUAAGCUACUAAAACUCCGCUUGGUAGGAUAUUGAGCGAAAGACCCAGGUGCAGCAACCAGCGGACUCCGCUCAUGGCGCAAAUGAAUGGGUCGUAAUUAGCCCUACAACUGUUGUCAUGAGUGUGCCGUUGAGAACGCACGUGAUAUGAGGAGUAGAUAAGCAAUUACGUCAACAUUUUUCUUAUGCAAUUGCCUAGAGCCGAGGUAUAAUUUCAAGCAAAUAGAUGGAAAAACUAUUAAAAGAGUUUAAUAUUUCAAAACUUGUCAGGUGUUUCGUACCAAGGUUUCUGCAGGGGAGUCGCUCUCGGUAUGGUGCGAAAAUUGACCGAAUCUCGGCAUGUUCAUGUGGAAACCCGGUGUUAAUUCGAUGCGGGGGGGGAGGUGUGGCGGGAAGCUUGAAUAGUAUUUGUUCCACAGGUCCUCUUCUGGGUGCGGUGCAUUCAGUUCAAUAACGAUAUUUGCCAACACAAAUGCAUGUUUAUUUUUGGAAAUCAUGAAUUUCAAUGAAGUAUUGUUGGAAAUUUGAUCUCGUAAUGAUUUGUCGAACGUGGUUUCAACUGACAUGAAGGUGGUCUGAAAAUCAUGUCAUGAAAAUAAAAUGUUUCUGGACCAUUUUACUCAUUGUUUUAGUUUUUUUAUUCUAGAAAAUAUCAGCUAAACUGUGGUUAAUAACGCUGUAAUGUGAUGGUUUGUAAUAAUGAGGAAAACAUUAAAUUUAAGAACAAAUUAAAGUCCUGAAAUACAUAUUAUAUUCAAUCUGUCUACGUUUUUGUCGGAA